AGGACCUGGAUGUAGUGGGGUGUCCUCCGUCCCCUCUGAUGUUUGACACGGCCCUGGCUCUGGAGGACCAGACUAUCAGGGCCAUCGCUGAGGGUCCUAUGGACAUCCUGACUGGGGUCGAGCUGGAUGCUUCGGGACACGAUGACUCUGCUGACAUGGAGCUCUCUGAGAGAGUUCUGCAGUCUAUAGAGGACCAAAUUGUAUCAGAGGUAAUAGGAGGAGGGGACACCACGGAAAAUUCAUCUACAGAACUGGACCAUGUUGCUGCAGACACCUCCAGAUGAGAGCUUUGCCUCCAGACUUGUGUUGAAUUCCAGAGACUAAUGUUGAGUUGACCAAUUCAAAGCCAGGAUGGAUCUUCAAGGUGGUAGAUCAUAACAAAGCCUUUGCACACCAUUGCCAAAUGACUACUGUUAAGUCAUUGUUUAAUCAGUUGUCAUAUUACUAACUUUUGCUGAUACUCUCUGAGUCGGUUCAAUGUCUGUCUGGUCUUGUGCACCGUUGCCUUUCUCAACUUUACCUGUGUAAUUUAAUAAAUCCUGGUUUCUCCUUAAACUACAAACAUAUGUAUAUCUUGUAUACAAAGUCAGUGUUGGUGUAGUGAAGAGAUGAAACACCACUUGUAACUCUGGUUUGUUACUGUUCAAUAAACACUCCACAAAUGC